AUGCAGCAUCGCACAUUAAGGUGUGAUCGUCACCGCCCAUUCGCCCAUGUUCAGUUCAAGGGAUGUUACAGCAGACGCUACUUCUCUGAUGUCGCCAAUGCGACCAGCGAGGCGUCAAGCAACGUGGAACAAUCUGAAAUGCUACUGGAGACCCACUCGGCCUUUCCAUCGGAAUUCAGUACUGGAGAAAGAUUGGAACUGCUCGAAAUAUGCCAUAAGAACAAGUUGUGGCGGCACAGGGAAAUAGACAUCCUGAUGCUGGAGCUGUGGAAGAACAUCGGAAAGCUGAAACAAAGCGAGAUUUCGCUGUACCACAAAAUAUGCAAAGAAAUCAGCGACAACGUGUUGUUGCCAAGCCCAGGGGAGUCUGAAAGGAACCACUUCGCAAAAUACGAAUCGCAAUUCCUCUGGGACCUGACCGUGCUACACAACCACACUCUUAGUCCCACUCUGGAGCAGUAUCGCAAGAAACAGGAUUUAAUCAAGGCACUCAAAAAGACGCUGGAGCAAGCAGCCAACGGCACGCUUCAUACCUUCGGGUCGUGUGAAAACGGACUGUGGGUACGUGGUAGCGACGUCGACAUGUGUCUUGAAAUUCCAAACUGCGGCCACAAGCGGCAGUGGCUAUCCAAACUCAACCUGAAAAACGCAUUCCAUGAAAUUUACCAGAUAAGGUCCACUCUGUCUGACACCGACAUCAUAUCUCACAUAAGCAUCAUAUCGGCCAAGGUACCCAUUGCCAAGCUGUACAACCGACAGAACCACAACUUUUGCGAUAUAUCUAUCAACAACACAGUUGCGCUAGAUAACACGCAAUUCGUCAAGGCGAUGACGAGGAUAGACUUCCGAGUGGUUAAAUUGGCGAGAUUCAUCAAGUACUGGGCGACGUGCAGGUGCAUUAACAACAGGGCGCAAGGCACGCUCAGUUCCUACACCCUCAUCCUGCAGCUGUUCUUUUUCCUGCAGAACAGAUCGCCGCCGAUUUUACCGCUGUAUAAGGACAUAGAAAUCGUGGGAGACGAUCAGGAGCGAAAUGGCAGAUUCAUGACCAACACCAGCGAUAUUUUGGCGAAAUGCGAGUACCUGCAGCAAAAUACGGAAUCGAUAACGCAGCUAAUCUUUGAUUUCUUCAAGUUCUACAGCGAUAAGCGAUUCCAGGGCGGGAGAGUCGGGGCCACCGUCGACCUCUACACCAACGAAGUGACUGAGAACAACCUCGGAGUGUUGGUCAUGAAAUGCCCGAUAACGGGUAAAAACGUGAACCCGUUCACGAUUCGCAUGUGGCAAAGUAUAUACGGGGAAUUCAGGAGAGUAGAUGAGUGCAUCAGGGAUCAACGGCCCAUCGCGCAGAUUUGCAUAAAGUCCGACAAACCACCGCUGGAGACGGAGGCGGAAACGCAACGUAUUCACGCAUCGAUGAUCAGGGAAAUAGUAAUGGCCUUGGCCUCCCCCAGAUCAAGGGCUGUAGGAGCAUUGAGGAGGACGUUGUCGUAA